UGCAAACAAACUCAAACCAAGUAAACAGAGACUUUCUGAUUUCAGACCCUGCUCUGUUCUCCCCCGCUUCUUCAAUACCCAAAACCUCAUAACACAUCUCCAACGAACCAUGAAACAAAAGGUGGUGAUCAAGGUUUCCCUGAAUGGCCCCAAGUCCCGCUCUAAAGCCUUGAAGAUUGCAGUCAGCUUUUCAGGUGUGGAAUCAGCGGCUCUAGGAGCGCAAGAUAAGAGCCAGAUAGAGGUGGUAGGGGAUAUCGACGCUGUAAAGCUAACAACUCAGCUCAGAAAGAACGUUGGCCACGCAGAGCUAGUAAGCGUGAGCGCUGCGGGAGAGAAGAAAGAAGAGAAGAAAGAGGAGGUCAAAUUGCAGCAAUUGGCCUGGCCUUAUGUGGGAGGGGUUCCUUAUCCUUAUGCGUAUGAGCUUAGGCACCCAGUAGACUAUUACCAGGAUCCCCCUUGUUCCAUCAUGUAAUUGAGAACAGAGACACAGAGUCCUUGGCUGACGAUUGAGGCACCAGUGAAAUUUUCUUGUAGAAAUCCAGGGAUUGGUUCGUCUUUUUUCCUGACGUAAUCUAAAUUGUAACUGCUGUGUGAA